AUGGGCCAAAUCAGCAGUGUGGUACGACGAAGCUUGAAGCGGAAGCGGGAGCCAGAAUCCGAAGAGCAAAACCAGGCUCGCAAGAUUCUCCACUCGAAGGCUCAAACAAAGACGGAGUUUUCUCCUUUUGCAGUUCGGUCAAGCUCAACCACAACAAGUACCUCAUUUUCCAAACCUCAUUGGAAUUACGAUGUGUUCUUAAGUUUCAGAGGUGAAGACACCCGUAAAAACUUCACUGAUCACCUUUAUUCCGCCUUGGAGAGAGUCGGAAUUCGUACCUUUCGAGAUGACGAGGAGCUUCGAAGAGGAGAAACGAUCUCUACCGAACUACUGAAUGCGAUUCGUGGAUCAAAAAUUUCUGUUGUAGUUUUUUCCAAAGGCUAUGCUUCUUCCAGGUGGUGCCUUGAUGAACUUGUUGAGAUCGUGCACUGUAAGAAUACCAUAGGCCACACUCUUCUUCCGAUAUUUUAUCACGUGGACCCCUCGGAUGUUCGAAAACAGAUAGGAACUUUUGCGGAAGCCUUUGUUAGGCAUGAAGAACGGUUUCAUACUGAUAAGGAGAGGGUGUGGAAGUGGAGAGAAGCUCUUACUGAAGCUGCGAAUUGUUCCGGCUGGGACCUUGAAAAUGAAUCUUUGGUUUCUGCAGCAUCUCCAGCAGCAGAACCAAGGUCACCUUCUCAGGGUGUGGGUCUUAUCCAGGCUGAUGGAAGUGGAGAUUGCAUGAACUUGUUAUCAUAUCCAUAUGAACGGUUGAAAGUGAUUUCUAGUGACCCGGUAGCAGGAAUAGAUGUAACUAAAAGAGAGGCUCUACCCGGUCGAUCUAUUAACUCACAGGAUCUUCCAUCUUCCAAACAUCAUUGGAGGUACGAUGUUUUUGUGAGUUUUAGAGGUAAAGACACAAGAAAGAGCUUCACUGAUCACCUCUACACCGCCUUGGUGCAAGCUGGAAUUAACACCUUCAUAGAUGACGAUGAGCUUCAAAGAGGAAACGACAUCUCUACGGAACUCGUCAAUGCAAUACAAAGAUCAAUGAUUUUUAUUGUGGUUUUUUCCAAACACUAUGCUUCCUCUAGUUGGUGCCUUGAAGAGCUUGUGGAAAUCAUUCGCUGUAAGAAUACCAUAGGCGGCAAGACUCUUCUUCCAAUAUUUUAUCACGCGGACCCUUCGGACGUCCGAAAUCAAACUGAAACUUUUGCCAAAGCAUUUAAGAGGCAUGAAAAGAAGUUUCAAAAUGAUAUGGAGAAGGUGCAUAGGUGGAGAACAGCUCUUAUUAAAGCUGCAGCGAUUUCCAGCUGGGAUCUCAAUGUUGUAAAUGGGUAA